CGCGAAGUCGAUCAUGCCGGACCCAGCCCCGAAGGCAGCGGCGGAGAAACCUGCGGAGACACCAGCAAAGAAAGGAGAAUCCCUCGAGGAAAUGGGAAAUGGUAGAAAAGUAUGAAUUUGCCGCGAUUGAGAAGGCAAUAUAUCGCCCGAACUAUACACAGCUGGACAUGGGUGAACCGCAAAAUCUCGAUCCGAUGGUCAAGUGGAGGCUCCAGGCGCUCAAGUUCAUAUAUCGCGACUGGCAGCCCCAUAAGGAGACCAGAAAUCUGCAGGGAGUAAUGGCAGCAUAUCGGUCUGGUAACCUCAAAGUAGAGGCCGGGAAAUUGACUGUUUGGUACGGGGGCGUCAAGAAAUCGGGGCCCUCACCUGAAGACGACAUUUACUCUGAAGUAUUUGAUGACAAACUCCCCAUGUGGAAAAGCGAACAUGGGCCCGGCCGCAUUUGGGUCGAGAAUCCCUUUCAAACUAGAACAGCGAAACUGACCACCGUCUUCCCGACUUUCAACGAUGCUUGGCAGCACGAGCGUUCAAUUAAUGCUCGACUGAUUGGCCAAACAAACUUCAUUGUUAUUGACCGGAUUCUAGAUGACAUCGGCUCCGAAGAGUUGGUCUUGGUGCUGCGAACGAGCUACGACCGAUUGCUGUCUGCAUCUAGCUUUGACACCUCCAACGGCAGCGUAGUCAAAGAGAGGUAUGAACUAUGA